AUGGGCGAUUCUUCAAGUUCAAGUUUCUUCAAGUUGAUAAUUGCCGACGCUGGAUGGGACGUACGGUCGGAGGCCAAGCGUUUAGGGUUUCUGUUUCAGCUGUACAUCGACCCGAAAAAACCGAAGCAAGUGUUUAUAAAGUACAAGACUGUGAAGGACGCCCAACGUGCACGGACUGCCUUUGCAGAGAACAACAAUGUGGUGCGUGUGGAAUCGAUGGAGACAUGGGACAUACGCCCAAAGAAACCGACCGAGCAGAAGCUACCGGAUGAUACGAUCUCAUGUGCGGGAUCAACGACUUCUAGAUAUACCGGUUAUCAAAAGAGCGUUCCGGUUGUAAAUGGUCAGCAAAUGUCCGAACCGAUGCCGCUGAUGAUGAGUUUGUUCAACAUGUGCUCCGCAUGCAACAAGGGUGGUGCCGCGUAUCAAUGUUUCGUAUGUGGCACUUACUAUUGUGGGGAAAUUUGCCAAAAAAACAAUUGGCCAGCGCACAUCGUCCAGUGCCUACCGCGCUUGGUGCGGACGCAAAGUGGCUUAUUAUGUAAUGAAACACAAUCGAUGGGGUACCCUAACCCAUACAUGAUGCCACCGUACGAAAAUCUCAACAACACCAAUAGUAACGUACCCGUACAGGUUAAUCGGAAGCAGAAUCAACCGACAGGAAGCAAAGGAGCUAACCAACCGACAGGAAGCAAAGAAAGUGGGCCAAAUCAUAAGCUGACGUCUGACAAUCGUAAACUGACUAGCUCAAAAUCCGAACAGCACAAGAAACCAGUGGUAGCAUCGCCUACCAAAACAACACCGAUAUGUACCGUACCUACAAACGUGCUGAAGAAUUUGUCCUUGAAACGUCAUCAGGAACAGGAUGCGGUAACGGCGAAACCGGCUGCUGCUAGAGAGGACCAAUCUCAAAAGGCGGAAUCGUCGGAUUCCAAAACGGAAAACAUCAUUACGAAGCAAACUUCCAAGCUGGCGAAACGCGUGCAACACAAAAUAGCAGCUCCGAAGCGUGAGAUUCGAUACAGUCCAUUUCCACAGGAGGGCGAAUAUGUUAAAAUCGCGUACGUUACGGACAGCAUGUUGUACGUGUACCGAAACGGACAGGAAGCGAAUGGUCAAUCCAACCGUUACAUGGACUUAGUCAAACGCUCUAUCGAAUGUGCACGCGAAGUGAAUCAGAUGCUCCAGGCAGCGCCGAAAGUCGAUGACGUAGCGUUUGCGUCGUUCGAUGGUGAUUAUUACCGUGCCGUGGUAAAGUCGAUCGAAGGGACACAGGUAAGCGUGUUUUUCCCCGACUUUGGUAACACGCAGACAGUCGAGUGGAAGGCAAUGAAGGAGAUUCCGGACAUCGAGAUACAGUACGGUAUGUGCUAUACGCACGGCGUUAUGAUCGACGGAGUGCCAAAGUUCUCCCCACUGGUGAGAAAGUAUUUGUCCCAGUUGGUGGAACUUGAAGAGUUCGAGUUGAUCAAGGUGACCGAUAACAAGCAUGUCAAAACGGUCGAUAUGCGUCAUGUGCAGGAACUGUACAUUCUGAGCACUAAGAUACUCGAUGUCGCUAAAAACGAACAAAACAUGAAGGAGCCGGCUGUGGACCCUGCUUCAUAUGUUCCGGUUACGGCAGAAGAUUUCGAAGAGCAGGACCUGCCGAUGAACCAAGAGAUUAUGCUGACGAUAGUGGAUACGUCCGAACUGAACAUUUCCAACCAGAUGUCGGUUAUACUAGACUCCGAUAAUGCGGAAUUUAGCAAGGUGAUCAACGAUUGCAAUGAGUACGGCAAUAACGACCCAAACCCGUAUCUCCCGGAAAUUGAAAAUGAAGCUUUUUUGAUACAAUAUGAUGGAGUCUGGUGCCGCGCAAUGGUCGCUUCAAACGACACAGAAGUGAUGUACUAUCUGCUCGAUGUUGGUAUCAUUCGGGCACCGGGCGACCAGUCCAAAUUUCGCCGAUAUCCUGCCGGUUUGACACGCAAAGUUUACGUCUCUGAAUGUUUCGUUGAUAAUCUGGUUGCACUGGGAACGUUAGGAGCGGAUGGUAAAAAUGAACAGCUCCUGGGCAGAACGGUGAAAGCCACCAUGCAGAUGGAUAGUGACGGCGAGGGAACGCGUUUGAAGAUCCAUUCAAUUAUUUAA